CGUCGUCUUCUCCGAACGUCAACGCCUCUGUCUUACACUCUCAUGUUACUCCACAUUGAAUCCGUCCAUUCCAUUUAAAUUAUUCUUCUCAAAUCACUCCAUGUCUUCAUCACUUUGCCCGCCGGGAUCCUCUAAUCUGCAUCCAUGGCCUGGACAUUCAGUUCCGGCGAUCAAAUGCUUCUUGUUCUCUCUGUUUUCUUUCUCGCCGGCGGCCUGAGAAGUGGCCAUGCCGCUUCCUUUAAGUUCACUAUUCACCACCGAUUUUCUGAUUCGAUUAAAGAGAUUUUCGGCUCUGAAGGGUUACCGGAGAAACACACCCCAGGAUACUAUGCGGCUAUGGUCCACCGCGAUCGGCUACUUCACGGCCGGAAUUUGGCCAACACUAACGGUGAUACGCCACUGAUGUUCUCUUAUGGGAACGAAACCUACAAAAUUAGCGGUUUGGGAAAUUUGUACUACGCCAAUGUAUCAAUUGGAACGCCGGGACUAUAUUUCUUAGUGGCUUUGGACACUGGAAGCAAUUUGUUCUGGUUACCAUGUGAAUGCACCAAAUGUCGUACUUACUUGACCACAAGAGAUAAUGAAAAAUUUUGGUUGAAUCAUUACAGUUCAAAUGCUUCAUCAACGAGCAUUCGUGUGCCCUGCAGCAGCUCUUUAUGCGAGCAUGCAAACCAAUGUUCUUCGAACAGAAGUUCUUGUCCUUACAAAACGCAUUACCCGUCUCAAAAUUCUUCAUCUGCUGGGUACUUGGUACAGGACAUAUUGCACAUGGCCACCGAUGAUUCACAACUCAAACCUGUUGACGCGAAGGUUACUUUAGGAUGUGGUAAGGUCCAGACUGGUAAAUUCGCAAAUAUCACAGCUGCCAAUGGUCUUAUUGGGCUUGGCAUGGGAAAGCUAUCGGUUCCAAGCUUCUUAGCAAGCCAAGGACUGACCACAGAUUCAUUCUCUAUGUGUUUCGGAUAUUAUGGUUAUGGGAGAAUCGAUUUUGGAGACAUAGGCUCAGUAGGCCAGAGAGAAACGCCCUUAAAUCCUACAUCUUUAUCCUACAAUGUCACCAUCCUUCAGAUAAUUGUGACAAAUAGACCCACAAAUGUUCACUUCACUGCAAUUAUCGACACUGGUUCCUCUUUUACAUACCUAACUGAUCCAUUUUACUCUAUUAUUUCUGAUAAAAUGGAUGAAGCUAUAGAAUUAGAGCGCAUUGCAUCUGAUUCUGAUUUCCCAUUUGAGUACUGCUACCAACUUUCUAUGGGAACAAUCUUUCUACAACCAACUAUGAAUUUUACAAUGGAGGGUGGACGUAAGUUUGACGUCAUUAGUUCGUAUGUCAUCAUAAAUACUGAUGAUGGAAUUGCCCUUUGUCUAGCCAUUGUCAAAAGCACUGAUAUUAAUGUAAUUGGAAGCAACCUCUUGGGUGGGUAUCGCGUUGUCUUCAAUCGUGAAAAGAUGACGUUGGGAUGGAAAGAAGUAGUAGAGUGUGACAAUUAUGGUGCCGACACUCCCUCCGGCGAGUCCCCUCCACCGUUCGGAGGCUCUCCUCCGCCAACUUCCUCUCCAAGAAAACGCAACAGCACGCAACCAUCUCCGGAAAUUGGGACGGGUGACGCCAUGCGAUUAAAUCCAAUUGUCUCUUUGUGUGUUGUCAUUCUUGUAAUUUUAUCUGUCGUUGUUUGAUUUGUUUAUUCUUUUUUAGGUUUCUUCAUUAUUUAUUUGAUGCAUUUUCUUUUAAUUCUCAAAAUGUUAACAUUAAUUCGAAUCAAUUGGUUGCGAUUUUAGAAAUAAUAAUGAAGCAUAUAACAUCUUAAAAA